GCAACGGUCACGCCAUACCUACCUCGGUAACGCCGUUCGCUUGGAUAGAUCAGCGAAGACAUGGCAUCCAAUCUCGAUUUUUCAGAGGAUAUCGAAGAAGCUAAGGUAUACAUGGCCAAGAAAAAUGUUUUCCAAUUGUUCGAGAGCCUUUUGACUGCAGUUGUUCACAAUCGACCCGAAAACCCGGUAGAGUUUCUUCAGGAAUGCCUAGAAAUUGCCAAGCAAAACGAAGACCUUCGAUGGAAUUCAUUUCUUGAGGUGCAAAGCAGAACCAACAAGAGCUCACAGACAACUGGACAGUUUGAUAAGGUGUUUAAUACAGAACUUGAAACGACACCUAGUGACUGAACAUGAAAGAUCAAAAGAGACUCUAAAAGUUACUUAUUUAUUUCCUUUUUACAUUAAGAAAGAAAUAUAGAGACAAAUCAAUUAUAUUGAAAAUACAGCCUUCUUCAGGUUUGGAUCAUGUACCAGUGUUCCAAAACUCUGAGCAAGUCACCAGCCUUAACCUUAUCAUUUAGUAUUUUACGUUUUGUGUUUUUUAUAUGAAUUAGAAUAUGCGUCACGUGCGAAUGACUUUAAAUCGAGGCAGUAGCUAAGAAAGGGUUGGCGGGAGGGGAGGGGGUCAAGCUUUGAGCGCCUGAACUCAAUUUCUGUGUAAAAUCGAGGGGCUGUUGUCUCGCAGUUUCGCUGCUCGUGACACAGCUUCAUUGCGAGCCUGCACGCAGGUUAGGGAGAUCCCCUCUUUGUCAAGAACAGUAUGUAAUGAUUUAGAUCGUGGAACCACCUGUUACGCUUUCAAAUGGUAGAAAAUGUACUGUGUGAUCCUCUCUAAGAAAAUCAAGGGGAAGGAUAAGUAAAUUCGUAAGUGCGAAGUCCAUCUAACAUGCUUCUUUGUCGUGAUCAGAUAUCAGUUGUUUAAAGCGAUGACACUCCUUCGCUUAUAUUAGGAAAUAUGCGUUAGCACGGAUGAGUAUAUUUAUUCCAAAAUCUGAAAAGGCGGUGUUAUGUUCUUAACGUAUUUGGAACACUUGUGCUAUCAGAUCAAUUUACAUCACGACUUUUUGUUACUGAAAGGCGCAUAACAUCAGAAAGGUUGACCGCCGCAAAAACUGUUACACAGUUCGCAGGGGAAAAAAUGAGACGUGGACGUGAGCAUUUUUUCCCCUUUGCGAUGUGAUUGCUCCGAGUCGUCUCUCAAAGAUUUAUGAGUGUGUCCAGUUAUUAUGGCUAAUAUCGCAAAUACCUAAAAAAUUAUACUAGUAAAAUGGUUCCAUUGAACGCGAUUGUUUUUUAUUAAUGCUUUCAUUAAAGAGAUUAAUUGAGGCAA